AUGACAGUUGGAUUUCACCACUGUAGUGCCUACAAAUCUCCCAGGGUGACAGUUGGAUUUCACAACGGUAGUGCCCACAGAUCUCCCAGGAUGACAGGUGAAUUUCACCACGGUAGUGCCCGCAGAUCUCCCAGGAUGACAGUUGGAUUUCACCACGGUAGUGCCAACAGAUCUCCCAUGAUGACAGUUGGAUUUCACCACGGUAGUGCCCACAGAUCUCCCAAUAUGACAGUUGGAUUUCACCACGAUAGUGCCCACAUAUCUCCCAGGAUGACAGGUGGAUUUCACCACGGUAGAGCCCACAGAUCUCCCAGGAUGACAGGUGGAUUUCACCACGGUAGAGCCCACAGAUCUCCCAGGAUGACAGGUGGAUUUCACCACGGUAGAGCCCACAGAUCUCCCAGGAUGACAGUUGGAUUUCACCACGGUAGUGCCAACAGAUCUCCCAGUAUGACAGGUGGAUUUCACCAUAGUAGUGCCCAGAGAUCUUCCAGUGUGACAGGUGGAUUACACCACGGUAGUGCCCACAUAUCUCCCAUGAUGACAGUUGGAUUUCACCACGGUAGUGCCCACAGAUCUCCCAAGAUGACAGUUGGAUUUCACCACGAUAGUGCCCACAUAUCUCCCAGGAUGACAGUUGGAUUUCACCACGGUAGUGCCCACAGAUCUCCCAGUAUGACAGUUAGAUUUCACCACGGUAGAGCCCACAGAUCUCCCAGGAUGACAGGUGGAUUUCACCACGAUAGAGCCCACAGAUCUCCCAGGAUUACAGGUGGAUUUCACCACGGUAGUGCCCACAGAUCUCCCAGGAUGACAGGUGGAUUUCACCACGGUAGUGCCCACAGAUCUCCCAGUAUGACAGGUGGAUUUCACCACGGUAGUGCCCACAGAUAUCCCAGUAUGACAGGUGGAUUUCACCACGGUAGUGCCCACAGAUCUCCCAGUAUGACAGGUGGAUUUCACCACGGUAGUGCCCACAGAUCUCCUAUAGAAAUGAUAGGUGUUUUUCUCCGUAUUGUUCAUAUGUUCGUCGUACAACUCGUUGAUUUCAAGGUUAUUUUAUUAUAA